AUGGCGGCGGGAGUGAGGGUCCUUGGGCUCCUGCAGGACCCCAGAAGAGAGUCCCAAGAGGAGAUGCUCCCCUCCUACCUGGCCAGGGUGGUGAUCCCAUUCGUGGUAAGGCGCCCCCAGGGCCCUGAGGAAUCAGAUCACCAGGGAGGCACCCCGAGAUCGUACAUCUCGGAGUUGAGCAGCCAGUCGGGGUGCAACACGGUGCCAUGUCCUGAGCAGGUGCCCAGCAUGAAGCUCCGCACCCAGCACGCUCAGCCAGAAUGGUCACGGGGCCACCUUGCAGAGCUCCUUCCUGCAUGCCGCCGCCCCCGCCCCCGCCCCCGGCCGGAGUCGGGCCCGCCCCGCGGCCUCCGGGCCCGGCGAAGACCGGAGCAAGGGGGGCGUGCGCGGGAUGAGCGGCGCGGCCCGUCUCAUCUGGACCGGACCGGCGCGGGAUGGGCCGGCGAAGACCCCGGCGAACUGGGCGCCGUGAGAGCCCCGGGCCCGUUUCUGCAGUCGCCGCCCCCGGCCUGCCCGAGUAGUCGGAGGGUCCCUGGCCACGACUGCCAGCUGGCCUUCAAGAUGGAGCGAGACAGUGAGGAGAGGGAGGAGGAGGAGGAAGAGGAGGAGGAGGAGAACGAGGAGCAAAGGGAGAUGGGCUCAGAGGCCCAGGACUUGGAGGAGAGGGAGCUGGUGGCAGGUGCCUGCACAGGAGAGAGAGUGUCACUAAGUGACGAAGAGGAGGAGGACGGGGAGGAGGAGGAAGAAGAGCAGCAGGCAGUAAUGGCAAACGGUGAGGAUCCUGAGGUGAUCGAGAUGGGCACGUACCCAGGUCUAUCCGAGUCCGAGAGUGUCUCUCACAGCCAGGGGGCAGGGGAGGAAGAAGAGGAGGAGGAAGAGGAGCCGGUCCCACCACGGGCCCUGGCCUGGAGCGCCCUCCCACUGGGAGCGCGGCGCCGGGGAGCCCCCUCCGGCCGGGCCCGUUUCCGCCGCCGUCCCGCCCCCGUGGCUGUCGACCUGGGUGAGCUCAACAGUCUCCUGGCCCGGCAGGUGGCCAGCAUCAUGGAGGCCCCCACCAUCUGCUCCGACUGCGGCGAGAGCUUCAGCCCGGGCCCCACCUUCCUGCAGCACCAGCGCAUGCACCGGUUGGCGGAGGCUGCGGCAGCCGCAGGGGUCCAGCCGUACGGCUUCGUCGCGGAGCGGGGCACGGGGACCGCUGUGGGGGGCAUCGGCUUCGGUCCCGGCCCGCCCCGGCCCCGGCCCCCAGGUGAGAAGCCCUACCGCUGCGGCGAGUGCGGCAAGGGGUUCAGCCGCAACACCUACCUGACCAACCACCUGCGCCUGCACGCAGGCGAGCGCCCCAACGUCUGUGCCACCUGCGGCAAGAGCUUCAGCUGGCGGGCCGAUCUGCUGAAGCACCAGCGACUGCACACGGGCGAGAAGCCAUACGUGUGCAUCGAGUGCGGGGAGGCCUUCAGCCUCAGCUCCCACCUGCUGAGCCACCGGCGGGCACACGCUGCGGCCGCGGCCGGGGCCGACGGGGCUGGGGCCCUGCGGCCCUUCGCCUGCGGCGAGUGCGGCAAGGGCUUUGCCCGGCGCUCCCACCUGGCCAACCACCAGCGUAUCCACACGGGCGAGAAGCCGCACGGCUGCGGCGACUGCGGCAAGCGCUUCAGCUGGCGCUCGGACCUAGUGAAGCACCAGCGCGUGCACACGGGCGAGAAGCCCUACAUGUGCUCCGAGUGUGGCGAAACCUUCAGCGUCAGCUCCCACCUGUUCACCCACAAGCGCACGCACUCGGGCGAGCGGCCCUACGUGUGCGGCGAGUGCGGCAAGGGCUUCGGCCGCAACUCGCACUUGGUCAACCACCUGCGCGUGCACACGGGGGAGAAGCCCUUCGGCUGUGCAGAGUGCGAGAAGCGCUUCGGCGACUUCUCCACGCUGACGCAGCACCAGCGUACGCACACGGGCGAGAAGCCGUACGUCUGCGUCGAGUGCGGCAAGAGCUUCAUCCAGAGCUCCCACCUGAUCCGGCAUCGCCGCAUCCACACGGGUGACAAGCCCUACAAGUGCCCCGCCUGCGGCAAGGGCUUCCGCUACAAGACCCACCUGACCCAGCACCAGAAGCUGCGCGUCUGCUAGGGCUCGGGCCGGGGGAAGUCGGGGCCUGAGGGGCAUGCGGGG